GGUGGUGGUGGUGGUGACGACCGGGGCGGCGGCCGCGCGGCUCUGGCGGGACCGGCUCGGAGACUGCGCCGCCUCUGCAGGUUGGCCUUAAGACAGCAGCAUAUUCCUGAAGACCCAGAACCGGCCGAGAGGUGAGAGAAAAGCAAGGCUGCCAUGGCUGCUGUUGACAGCUUCUACCUCUUGUAUAGGGAGAUUGCCAGGUCAUGCAAUUGCUACAUGGAAGCUCUGGCCUUGGUUGGAGCCUGGUACACAGCCAGGAAGAGCAUCACUGUCAUCUGUGACUUCUACAGCCUGGUCAGACUGCAUUUCAUCCCACGCCUGGUGAGCAGAGCAGAUCUGAUCAAGCAGUAUGGAAGAUGGGCCGUUGUGAGUGGUGCGACCGAUGGGAUCGGCCGAGCGUACGCAGAAGAGCUGGCAAGCCGUGGUCUCGAUAUCAUCCUGAUUAGCCGCAAUCAAGACAAGCUGCAGAUGGUCGCCAGAGACAUAGCUGACACCUACAAAGUGGAAACCGAAGUUAUAGUUGCGGACUUCAGCAAUGGCCGCGAGAUCUACGACCCGAUUCGAGAAGCCUUGAAGGACAAAGACAUUGGCAUCUUGGUGAAUAACGUAGGCGUGUUUUAUCCCUACCCCCAGUAUUUUACUCAGGUCUCCGAGGACAAACUCUGGGACAUCAUACAUGUAAACAUUGCUGCGGCUAGUUUGAUGGUCCAUAUAGUGUUACCAGGGAUGCUGGAGAGAAAGAAGGGUGCCAUUGUCACUAUCUCAUCUGGCUCCUGCUGCAAACCCACUCCCCAGCUGGCUGCGUAUUCUGCUUCUAAGGCUUAUUUAGACCACUUCAGCAGAGCACUGCAGUAUGAAUAUGCUUCUAAAGGAAUCUUUGUGCAGAGUCUCAUCCCAUUCUGCGUGGCCACCAACGUGACCACACCCGGCAGCUUUCUGCACAAGUGUCCGUGGUUGGUGCCUUCACCAAAAGUUUAUGCACAUCAUGCUGUUUCUACCCUUGGCAUUUCGAAAAGGACCACAGGAUACUGGUCCCAUUCUAUCCAGUUCCUUUUUGCACAGUAUAUGCCUGAAUGGCUCUGGGUGUGGGGAGCACAUGUUCUCAGUCGCUCUUUACGUAAGGAGGCCUUGUCCUGCGGAGCAUGAAACUGCAUGAUGGCUUGGGAAGUUUUGCCGCCUCCUGAGAACCUGCAGUAUUCUGACGUUUGGAAGGACACAUUUAAUUUAUCUUCUGUAUUUUCUUUUAUUACUGGUUUUAUUACUGGUUGAUUUAGCAUACUGUUGACUCAUCAUUUGCAAAGCACACAUAAUACUUCUAGAAAAUGCUGUGGAGAAACCACAGGGGCCGCAUCAGGUGGAUGGCAUAGAGCACACGGUGACUGAGGCACAAGAACCUAUUGAGGGAACCUAAAUUGUAAUGCUUCUCUUUUAUUUUCUCGAAGCUGUCUCAAAGCCGUGUGAUUUAUGUUGUUCUAGGAGCUAUAGCAAUCUGAUAUUGAAAUAUAAUAUGACUUGUCAGCUCUCGUAGUUUCCAAUGUUGUUUUUUAAGGGAAAUCAUUUCAGUACAUGAAUUAUAGUAUUGGUUCAUCAGGAAAGACUAUUUAAAAGCGUUAUAAGCAAGAUCGCUGGUGUAAUUAGCAGUAGAGAUCCGUGCAUAUCCUAUUGUAUAGCUCUGUUUGACUCUGUGUAUGAAAAUGCUGCUCUUCAAGCGAUAUUUCACUAGAGAACCAUGUGUGUAUAUAUGUUGUGUACGUCCGGGCAACUUUAUUUAUGGGUAAGUUACUUUUAAAAAGAUGUCUUGCUAAGGUGGCUUAACGUGGAAACUUACGGGGUCUUGAAAUUCUAGGUUACUCCUUUUCGCACUAAACAAGCCUACCCGAUUUUGUGCUAUAGGUUUGCCGUGUAUAAUAUCAUACAUUCUGUUGGUGGUUUUUUCUUUUAUCUGUGAAAUUAGUUCAUUCUUAGAUUUGAACUUAUAAUGGUUGACCCUCAGUCAUCUCUUGAUUUAUAAUUAUUGUGGAUAAGUAGUGAUUUCUCAGCCUACGACCCAUUUUAUAACUGAAAGUUAGCCCUUUAGAGCUUGUUAUAUCUGGUUUUCAUACACUUUUCUAUGUAAUAUUCUCUUCUAGCAGCGUUAUUGGAGUAAACAUCAAUUACUUACGGAAUAGUGGUUAAAAUAUGGACAAAUUAUGUGUGUGAUAUAUUGUAAUGUGUUAAAAGAAGUUAGCUCAUUCUUGGUUUCUUGUAACAAAUUUACGCAUUACAGUGAACGCUUUUGUUGGUGUGACGAUCAUUGUGCGCAACCCCCCAUGAUAGGGGUUAGCUUUGACACCUACUGUGAAAUAAAUGUUUUUUGGCUCAGAUCUUAUAAAGCCAGACAUUUUUGGGGACCACUCCCUAGUGCUUCAGCAACUGUAAACAUCACUAUAUGAAUGUGACAACAUAAUGCAAGUUAAGAAUUUGGAGUUUAUUACUGUGACACUGAUGCAGAAACUAGUAAAUUGGCUGAAAUCAGGACUUGUAUGGAAUUGUUUUCAUCUGAGAUGGUAUUCCAUUAGGAGUUAGGCCUGGGCAUGCCUUUAUGGCACACCCACAAUUUUGUCAGUGCCGUUGCCUCAGUAUUUCCAGAUCUGACUUGGACUCAGAAGAUGAGUGGUUGAGUUCAGAACCUCUUCCAUGUAUAGACCAGGCCUUCAUUACACAAAGAAGACCUUCAGAUAUGAAAACUUGCUAGCGGUGUUACACAGCACGGAAGGUGUUGAUGGAGUCUGCUUGGAGGCCUUCAUUUUAUCACAUUUGGCAAUUUUCCCUCACCUAACAAUUAACUUACGGUCAUUAAGACUAGAGAAAAUUUGACUUCCUGCCACAUCAGCCUGAAUUGUAAUUGACAUGUAGUAAGCAGCAGCAACUGUAUGUAAAAGCACCGUAUUUCUAUCUCAGGAGUUACGUGGCACAGCAGUGUUUCUAUUUAUAGGUUAUGGACUGAGUCACUGCCAAAUGACAAAAAUAAGUAAAUCACGUCAGUGAUGUUUGCAAAUUCUCUACUUGGCAGGACAUGUGAAAGUAAGCUGACGGGUGCAAAGCUAGUAAAAGAUCAAAACCAAGAAUCUUCCUUAGGUUUCCUCCUUGAUAAAAUAUUUUUUCCCAGAGCUCAUGGGCCACUGUAGGUGGGGUUUCUCACUAAGAAUGUGGAAAAUUAAGAACCUUUGAAACAACCAAUAAAAACUAAUUCUGCUUCCUGUG